CGGGUUGCCGGAGAAAAAUUUGGGUGGGGGAAUGGCGGUGGUACCGUAGGAGUCGGCCAUGGACAAAACCCACCAAUGGAAUGGCCUGUCUUAGAGAGAGAGAGAGAGAGAGAGAGAGAGAGAGGAGUCUGGUUUUGCUUGCAGCAGUUUUGUGUUAUUUCUGUGUACUGGGGCCCCGAGCAGAAAACAAUGGGCAGGCACAAAACAGCAUGUUCUCUCUCAUUCUCUCUCUUAAAGUGCAGGGAAACAUUCAUGGCUUUAGCCUUUGAGCGUGUACGGCACCACCAUUGCCGUGCCCUCUUUCUCCUAUCGCUGCUUUCAUAUAAAGAGUGGUUUGGCACAAAUCCAGUUGCUUUUUGUUUCCUCCUUUUCUGAUCGGAGGACAUGAAAUCGACUCAUGCGUCUCCCUUCUUGGACGAAUUUCUCAAGGACAUCAUCCACCCUCCUCCUACAUAGUCUCUCUCUCCGCAGGAGAUUUGAACUCCGUACAGAGAAGGAGGAGCCAUUUCUACAUACUGAAAGAAUGAAAAGAAGCAGCUAGCAUGUAAGUGUACUGACCUCUCUCUUUUCUCUCCAAGUUCAAUAAUAGAAGAAGCAACACCGUCACCAUCAUCCAUAUCUCCACGACUGAGAAACAUCUGGGUUGUGGAAAUCUGUGGCGCCUUUGUUCCUAAUGAAGGUGUACAUGUAAAGGAAGACUAAAUUUUGGGUAGGCAGGCAAAAGAAGAAGAAAAAGAGGGAAGAAGGAAUGGAAAGCAAUGGGGGGAUGCCAGGUUCUAUGCUCCCUGGGAUGGGAUCAGGAAUGCUAGGACUAGAGGUGCCCCCCCAUCAGCAGCAGCACCACCAUCUCCAGCAGCAGCAGUUGUCCUCCUUCGCCUCUUCCCUCGUCCACGACGCCAACACAAGCCACCAUCAUCCUCAGCAGCCGCAGCCGCAGCAGAAGCAUCCCUACGGGAUGCCCAUGACCACCAAGGCCACCGCCGCCGGCAAGCAGCAGAUGUCCUUCAGCGAUGAGGAGGAGACCGCAAGCGGCUACAUCGCCGAAGACGGCAACGGGGGCCCUGGCGAUGGGCGGGCUGUGAAGAAGGCGUCCCCGUGGCAGAGGAUGAAGUGGACCGAUGACAUGGUCAGGUUGCUCAUCAUGGUUGUUUUCUUCGUCGGCGACGAUGCCGCCGGUUUGGAUUCCGGCACCGGCGAUAAGAAAAAGCCCGGUGGUAGUGGCGGCGGGAUGUUGCAGAAGAAGGGGAAGUGGAAGUCCGUGUCGAAGGCGAUGCUGGACAGAGGGUACUAUGUAUCCCCGCAACAAUGCGAGGAUAAGUUCAACGACCUCAACAAGAGGUACAAGCGGGUGAACGACAUCCUUGGGAAGGGGACGGCUUGCAGGGUGGUGGAGAACCAGAGCCUUCUGGAAACCAUGGACCAUAUCUCACCAAAAAUGAAGGAAGAGGUGAGGAAGCUCCUCAAUUCCAAGCAUCUCUUCUUCAAGGAGAUGUGUGCCUACCACAGCAGCUGCACCGAUGGCCACCACCCUUGUGAAGCCGACGCCCCUGCCAUAGUUCAGCAACUUCAGCAGCAGCAGCUGUCCAGGCCUCAGAACCCACCCUGCUUCAAUCAAGAUAUGGUCCCAAUUCAUAAAGAGGCUGAAGAUGAGAAUGAGCAUGACGAUGAUGAUGGUGAAGAUGACGACGAGGAGGAGGACGAAGAGGAAGACGAUGGUGGCGAUGGCUAUGAAAAUGAAGCCGGAGGAGAGGAGAAAAGAGCGUCGGCGAAGAGGCUACGCAGGAGUAGUGGUAAUGGCAGUGUUUCAUCUUUGUCGACGAUGCUGCACCAGCUGAACUCUGAGUUGGCGAGCGAACUGCAGGAUGCAGGGAAGACGGUGUGGGAGCGGAGGCAGUGGAUUCGAAGCCGGUCUCUGCUGCUGGAGGAGGAGAAGGUGCGUUUCCAAAGCCAGGCGUUCGAGCUAGAGAAGCAGAGGUUCAAGUGGCAGAAGUUCAGCAGGAAAAAAGAGAGGGAACUACAGAGGAUGAAACUGGAGAACGAGAGGAUGAGGCUUGAUAACGAACGGAUGCUGCUGGUGCUGAGACAGAAGGAGGUUGAGAUUGAUGGCAUGAUCAAGAGAUCAGAACCUUCCUCCAUUACAGGAUGAAUUGUCUCCCUCUCUCUCUGUUCUGUAUAUUGUAUGAUAAUACGCUCGUCUUGUUGCAAUUCAAAGCCUAUGGUUGAAAAUACGACCGCACCAUAAAAGGGUUGCAUAGCGAAUAGUAUUUUGUAAUCCAUUUUCCUUUGUUUUCUUUUGGUUUGUCUCUUUGGUUUUAGUUUCUUUA